AUGAUUCUGCCAACAAAAGCUACUGCUGGUCAGGAGCUGGCCGCUGAGCGAAAACUGAGUGGGAACACCGUGCAGGAUUCUGUAUCACCACAGUCUUUGGAUAUGGUUGGUGUCAAAAUUCCAACAGUGAAGAUACUUAUGAGAGAAACAUUCAACUCUCCAGCAGAUGAACUUUACAGCAUCUUCACCACCAAGGAACUAAUAUUCCUGACGUACAUUAAAUGGAGAGAUGGGAUCGGGAUCAUCCAGAAACUGAAGGAUUAA